AUGAAGGUUGUCGUGGCUUGUAAAGCGGUCAUUCAUGAGCUGGAAAAGGCUGUGCAUUGCCGUGAUGAGAAGCCACUGACAAGAGUUCAUGUUGUUUCUAUUCUGAAUAGUAUUUCCCUCUCGAUGUCUGUGCUGGUAGAAAACGUAAAAAAGCUGGUAUUUUGGUUAGAUAGAAGCCCCUUUGAUGAUAUCAAGCAAUACAUUGAAAUUCGAAAUCGCAUCUCGAUGACCAUCUGGGAUCUAGUGCGUAGUGUGAACGUUCAACCGAAAUCCUUAAAAUCAAUAAUCUCAAGGAACAAUGCGAAAGCAUUGUACGGGACAUUUGAUGACCCUUUAGUGCUGUACACUGCAUAUACUGAACGAGCACUACUUCGUCAAGACAUGAUGUUAACACAAAUUGGGGUAUUAAUCUGCAGUCAUCUUAUCGUGAUCUCUGUGGUAGAAUCGAUGCUGGUGACGAAAUCAUGCUCAUUAAAUGGCAAAACAGUUAUUGGAUGGGACCUGACUCGCGUUGCACAGCGUCUUGGUUCUUCCACGGACACCGAACUGCACCUUGUUGUCAAUAAGAGACCUCGCCAUUCGGUUCCACUUCCAUUUAAGAAAACAGUGAAGCCCAAUCGCCCACUGGCUAAAAUGAUUCCUGGAAGUCAAGCUACGGACACUGCUGAAAAAGGAAAGCAGCUGUUUAAGGAAAUCAACUAUCCGCUUAAUCGUCGUCGAUCUUCGACAUUUAUUGGCGAUUUGCUCAAUUUGAUGGAGAUGAAGGGCUUCGAACCACCAGGCGUUCAUCUUUUUGUGCUGGAAGUCCACGUAGGGAAUUUCUUCCUUGAAGAGGAUGAGCGUUCUUAUGUAAGCUGGGAUCUCUUGGAUUUGAUUGGUCAUCCCUCACCCGACAAUCAUGAAGGCCCGAUCGCUAUUCCUCGAAUAGUCCGUCGGGCUCGCACAAUGCGACAUCAGCCGGAUGGAUAUGUGAGAUCCUUUAUAGAUAAUAAGCUCGUACAGGAAGUGGAAGACGACAUUAUAGCCGAACAAUUGCCCUUCAAUGUUGGAUGCCCGGCGGAAUUUGCUGAAGUUUCCAUUGUUGAACCUCCGGAAUUGAACCAACUCAAUAUCACAGAACCCAGCUGCUCUGAUCCUGACUGGAGUGCACCUUAUGAAGAGGCGUCAUUGCAGAGAUUCCGAGCACCUGCCGGUGAUUCCAACCUAUCAGGUCUAACCUUGGACUCACCUAGGUUCACAAGUGUUUCUGGUAGCGAUGAUCCAUGGGUCUUGCCCAGUCCAGCGUCACUUACUUCCAUACCCUCCAUGUCUAGCCCAACACCGUUUCGUCUCACACCAACACGUGAAUGGAAUGCUGAUGACACUCCACCAACACCAAGCACUCCCGAUAUGAAAACGGCGGAAAAGACCUUCGAAGGCUGGAUCAGAAGAAGGAAAACCGCAAAAGAGUUAUUUGCCAAAGAG